UUUGAGUGAACUGCACGCUUUCUCCUUCGUCAUUACGUUAGUGUGUGUGUUGUCUGUGGUUUCCUAGGCUCUCGUGAUUCGUCCAGAGAGAGUCCUUGCGUAACACAAGCCUAAUGACGCCAUGACCUCAUCGACAAUCCGGUAUAUUUUCCCUCUCGGUUGUAUAUCAUUUGGCCAUUCGGAAAGGGCAUUGAACCGUUUCAGUGAUGUUUGAGUUUCAACUUACGUGAACGGACCGUUUUUUCAUUUUUUUCUUCUUAGCGGCGCGAUGUCGUCGUCUGCUUCGUAAGUAAUCUUCAGUCUUAUCAGGAAGCGAGGAGAAAAUAAUGAGGUUUACAACUCAGAGAGGAUUGUGGAUGGUGUUGGCAGCAGGUGGGUGGACCUGCUUCCUCCUACUGUACCUGGUCUAUCCGACGCAAAUACCCUAUUAUCUGGAUCGGUUCGGCGACAGGGAGGACCCAUCGACCUCCUACUUGAACCUGAAGGAGCACGAGCCGCCCUUGAAUUCAGUGAUGCUCCUCGAAGGUUACAACAACACCCGCCUUACUUUGCGCAUGUACUGUGCUUUGGAGUCGGCCGCCCGCGCUCACUACCCCACGCCCGUCGUCUUGUUCAUGACAGCGAAGAGAUGCAGUACACCAGGUUACAUUAGGGUUGUAAAGAUACUACUUGUGUUGAACACUGGCUUUGCAAUUGCCAGCUCUGCCAGCCCCUCGACUCGACUCACUUGUGAUAGGAGUACCGGCAUCAGCAUGUUAGGGUCAAAUCCGGGGCGAAAAAGGAACUGGCCGCUCUACCGCCAUCCCACUGAAUGUAUGUUCUUACGUCCACUUGAAGAGGAGACCAACAUUGACUUUGGUGAUGCUUGUAAUUAA